AAAAAAAGUGGCUUGAUUUAAAUCCUCUGUAUCAAGCUAGACAACUCUUGUAUUGGAUAGUUAAUUAAAAAAUAAAUAAAGAAUAUAUUCCACGUUCCCCAUUCAUCUUCAUUAGUUCCUCCUCAGAGGAAUAAAAUGGAGUGUCCCUUUUCCAUGUCCACUGUGAGGUUCCUAGUUCCCCCACUGCGGUUGAUGUCAGCUGUGAUGUGGGAAGUAGUUCAUCUACAGAACACAAAUCAUUAUGGAAAAGUUGAAGAGUUUGUUUCCAUGGUAACUGAAGCCAUCCCUGAGAUCUUGACAGAUAGACAGAUGAGACUCCUCACCCUAGGAUUAAGAGCAAAGAUGACUUUGCAGCUGUUACACUCUGAAAACACUGAGGAUCUCAAUAAUAUUAAAACAAACCUAGACUGUCUUCAACUCUCCUGCUCAAAACAGGAAGACGAAGGAGAUGAAGCUCUUGAGGCUAACUUUGUGAGGCUCGUUCAAAGACUUCUGGAAGAUCCAGAUGGUAGACAACAUUUCCUGAAGAAUGUGUUUCCUGUGGAGUACGGCCCUGAAUUUGAUACAGCGUUGGAGACUCUAAUCUGUCAUUUCUUCGUGAGACUGGAACAGCUUCUACCAGUACCAGACUUCAAACAGAUUGCAUUGUGGAUCAAUGAUGCAUCUUCAUGCCGAGAAGAGUAUAUGUGGUGUGUAUCCAAAGUGGAUGAUCUCAAGAGAUUCCUUAAAAGCAAGAUGUGCAUUGGACAUUUUGCUGGGAUAGAAACAAGUGGUAAGUUUGUCUGGGGUCGGGGCGCCCCGGUGGCUCACCUGGUAGAGUGCGUGCCACAUAAGGCUGAGUCCUUACCGCAGUGGCCUGGCUUCGAAUCCGGCUCGGCCCCUUGGCUGCAUGUUAUCCCCUCUGUCUUCCCUGCCUUUCCUGUCUCUGUCAACUAUCACUGUCUAAUAUUUAGAUCCCCCUGUCCAUCGGAGCAGCGGCUCUUGACAUCCUUAUCUUUCCCUCCCACACUGGGAUUGAUCAACGCAUCCUACCAGACUGGUGUUGAUAGUAAACUAGAAACCUGUCCCGACUAUGAGACUACAACAGGUAGCCCACAAAGGUCUGAAAACCAAAGAGAUUGUGAAGGGAUUUCUUCUCUGGCGGAGGGAAGCACAAACAUACAGGAAACACAGAUUGUAAAUGACAGUGUUGCUGGACAAAUGGUGGAAGAUCAACACAACGAUAGUGUCAUAGAUCUUCCUGCUCUAGAAUGUGAUGACCACAUCUCAGCCAGCUCUCAACUCUCUUCCACCUUGUCGGAAUGUCCCAUGACUACUACAUCAGUAAUAUCUGCUCCUCGGAGGCGAGUUGCACACAAAUGUGCACAGUGCGGGAGAUGCUUUAUUUAUCGAUAUGAGCUGCUGGAGCACCAAAGGCUACACACAGGUGAGAAUCCUUACAAGUGUUCUCAGUGCGGGAAGGCCUUCAGAAGGACCUCAGACUUGUCCACGCACAGGCGGACGCAUUGCACAAAAGCAGCUUAUGUUUGCAUCAAAUGCGGGAAUGGCUUUGAGUCCAUUCAAGACAAGUUUAAACACCAGUGCACUCUAGAGGUCCCAAAGUUUGAUUGUACUCAGUGUGGGAAAAGCUUCAAGAAAAUGUAUGUGCUUGAAAAGCACCAGCUUACCCACACCCAGAGCCGCAUUUUCAAGUGCAGACAGUGUGGGGAAGCAUACCCCAGCAUGAGUGAGCUGAGAGCCCACCAGAAGGUUCAUCCACCCGAACAGUCUAAUCAGUGUGUGCAGUGCGGGAAAUUCUUCAGCUCUGUCGCCUGUUUGACAGCUCAUGAAAUACGUCAUAACCAGCAGAGAACACAGAUUUGCCUGCGCUGUGGCAAAGGGUUUAAGAAUAAGUAUGACCUGAAUUUGCACAUGCGCAGUCACACAGGCGAGAGGCCAUUUCAGUGCACAUACUGUGGAAAACGUUUCUCUGUGUCGGGAAACCUGAACAUACACAUAAGGACUCAUACAGGGGAGAAGCCGUAUCUGUGCUCAGACUGCGGAAAGGCUUUUGUUUCAGCUGGGGAGCUGCAAAUUCACAGACGCACUCAUACAGGGGAAAAACCGUACAAGUGCACUGUAUGUGGGAAGGGAUUCACCAUGGCGAGCAAAGUAACACUUCACAUGCGUGUUCACACUGGUGAGCGUCCAUACGUGUGCACUGAAUGUGGGAAAGGCUUUUCACGUGGCAGUGAAUUGAAAAAACAUGCUCUCAACCACUCAGGAGUCAGACCCUUUGCUUGUGAAUUUUGUGUGAAGACUUACACAUGCCUCAAUCACCUGAAAAGACACCUGAAAACUCACUCUGUUGCCAAAGAUUCCUCAGUUUGAUUCUGUUGACUUUGAUGCCCUCCAAGUCAGUCUUUGAUGAGUCAUGAUGUUUGCAGAUGAUGCAGAGAAAAUUUAUGCAUUUUCAUGGAAUGUUGUCAAAUCAGUGUUGCAUUUCUGCCAUUGUACUGUCUUAAUUGUGACGUAUUCACUAAUAGGUUCAGUAUUUUUCAGGCUUACAGUUCAAAGAUCAGAUUGUUCAGUGUUACAUUUUCAUGCUUUUUUGAUGGUAUGGCUUCUGUAAUUUCUGAAUGUUAACAUAAGUGUAAUUUUGUUUAGAUUUUUCUGAAGCCUAAUUUUCAGUGUGUCUUCCAAAAAGUGAUUGUUACUUCAGCAGCACAUAUUUUGUGGGUCAUUAACUGUUUGAAACCACUCAAAUAUAGAUUACUUUGUUAUUGUCAUUUUGUAAAGUGUAAAUAUCUUCUAAAUGCUCAAUAAAUCCUAUAGGAUCAC